AUGUCGCGCAAAAGCACCGAAAGCUCCCGGCACUUCUCUCUCUCGUCCCAGUGGAACCGCGCCCUCUCCUUCCGGUCCUCCAACCGCUCCUCCGGCGGCGGCGGCGGCAACAACAACCCCAUCACCUUCUCCGGCGCGCCCACCUCCAACACCAGCACCUUCAACCACCACCACCAACAACAGCACUCCACCCACAGCAGCAACAGCACCCGCAGCUCCCGCAAGCCUUUCUCGUUCCCCUCGCUACGCGGCAGCUCCCAGCCGGCCCUCUCCAAACGCCUCCACCGCCUGAUUAAGUCGGCCAACACCCUCGUCUCGGCCCACGAGUCCGCCGCGCGCGAGCGUCUCUCCAUCGCUACGCAACUUUCUGAAUGGGGGGAGCAGACUGCGUCUACUUCCACUCUCUCACCAGCCCCUACCAACCACCACAGCAACGGCGGUAGUAGCGGCAGCGGCAGCGGCCCCCUCCAUUCGAGCAAAGACACCGCCAUCUCCGACAUCAGCGACAAAAUCGGCGUAGUGCUCUCCGAGCUCGGCGAGCAAGAAGAAGCGUACGCAGCGCGGCUGGACGAGAGCAGGGCGGUGCUGAAGGUGGUGCGGAAUACGGAGCGCAGCGUGCAGCCGAGUCGGGAUGGGAGGCGGCGGAUUGCGGACGAGAUGGCGCGGCUGCGGGCGCGGGAGCCGCAGAGUGCACGGUUGGUGACGCUGGAGCAGGAGUUGGUGAGGGCGGAGGCGGAGAAUUUGGUGGCGGAGGCGCAGUUGGGGAAUGUGACCCGACAGAAACUCAAAGAGUCCUACACCAUCGACUUCCUCGCAACCAUCGAGCGGGCCGAGAAACAAGCCAUCCUCGCCCGCCACGGCCUGCGGCUGCUGCAGCUUAUCGAUGACCAUCCCGUGGUGCCCGGCGACGUCCGUCCGCCAUACACACAUGCGGCCCAAGCGCGCCAGAUUCUGAACGAUGCCGAGGACGACCUGCGGGACUGGACGUUGAAUGAGGCGGCGUUGCUGGGGGAGGCUGGCGGUGAUGGUAAGACUGUUAUUGUCAAUGCGGGGUGUGGUGGUGGUGGUGGUGGUGGUGGUGGUAGUCAGAUGGUGGGAGUUGGAGGUGGGAUGGGACAGGGGAAGGGGAAAGAGAAUGUUAGGCCUGGGAGGGGGACGGAGGGUAGUGAGGUGGAUGGGUUGAGUGAGAGGUAUUAA